AUGAACCAGCCUGACAGCUCAGUGUCGGUCACUGCUGGAGACGACGUCAUCCUGUCCUGCAGCAUGCCUCCUCAGUCACCGAAAGGGAUCGUCUCUUGGUUCAAAGAUGCCGAGCCAGAGCCACAGUUAAUCUACAGUUUCAACGGAAGUCAAUUCCCCCGGGUAACCCAAGUAAAGAAAAAAAAUGCUAAUCAAGCAGACUACUCCAUCCGCAUCAGCAACGUCUCACCCAAGGAUGUCGGCACCUACUACUGUGUGAAAUUAAAGAAAGGGGAUCAUGACGUGAAGCUCAGAUCUGGUCCGGGCACCUAUGUGUCAAUUAAAGGAAGCAAAGAGGAAGUAUCCCAGGUGCAACAGAACGAGAUGUCACAGACUGUAUCAACGGGAGAGACAGUCACCUUGAGUUGCACUGUGCCCGACACCCUCCCCAGCGGCCCUGUUGCGUGGUUUAAGGGAUCCGGGCCAAAUCGGAAAUUAAUCUUCAACUUCAAGGAUGAUCGCUUUCCCAGAGUAAAAGCUACUGCGGACACCAGCAAAGCUGGCAACACGGAUUUCUCCAUUCGCAUCAGUGAAGUCUCUCUUGCAGACGCUGGAACCUAUUACUGUGUGAAGUUCAAGAAUGGGAAGCCUAAUGAGUAUCAAUCCGGUCAGGGCUCCCAGGUGUUCGUGACUGGAACUGUCUCAUGGUUCAAAGAGGACGGGCCCAAACGGCAAUUAAUCUACAGUUUCAAUGGAAAUCACUUCCCCCGAGUAACUCAAGUACAGAAAACAGUACCCAAUCAAAUGGACUAUUCCAUCCGCAUCAGCGACAUGUCACCAAAGGAUGCUGGCACCUACUUCUGUGUGCUGUUAAAGAAAGGGAAUCCUGCCAUGGAGCUCAUGUCUGGUCCUGGUACCUAUGUGUCUGUGAAAGGUGAGCCCUGA